UUCGCAGGUGAUGUGUAGGUUGGCGGCUGGCCAACAGGAUCGUCCUCACUUUAAUCUUACUUUUCAACAAGUUGGGUUAGUUUCUGUGGUAGAUUGGUACAGUCCGGACUCUUGCUGGUGGAGUCUCACCUGAGGAAAAUGUUUGAUUUGAAUAAAGAGUGGAGCAUCUCCUUUGCAGGAUGCGGCUUUAUGGGGAUUUAUUAUGUGGGUGCCACCAGCUGUAUCCUCGAACGGUUCCCUCGUUUAAUACAAGACGCCUCUAAAAUCUACGGAGCGUCUGCGGGUGCUUUGAUGGCGACUGUUCUGAGUGUUGGGAUCCCCCUGGAGAACUGCUGUGCUGAUUUGAUGUUCAUGGCCAAAGAGGCCAGGAAGCACAAACUGGGUCCCCUGCACCCAGCUUACAACCUGCUGAAAAUAGUAAAGGACUCUCUGGUGAGAGGCCUUCCAGAAGACGCCCAUGUUCGAGCCACGGGGAAGCUCUGUGUGUCCCUGACCAGAGUGUCUGACGGGAAGAACAUACUAGUGUCAGAGUACGACAGCAAAGAGGAGCUCAUUCAGGCCCUUAUAUGCAGCUGCUUCGUCCCCUUCUACUGUGGCGUUAUUCCACCCACUUACCGUGGAGUGCAUUAUGUGGAUGGUGCCGUCAGUGACAACCUGCCACGAUGUCACCUGAGAAACACAGUCACCUUCUCUGCGUAUGCAGGUGAGAGUGACCUCUGCCCUCGAGGGAGCACGUUGAACUUCCACGAAGUACGCUUCAACAAUGUCAGCAUUCAGGUCAACUCUGAGAACAUGUACAGAGUGACCAGCACCUUCUUCCCCCCAGGGCCUGAGGGAAUGGCUGAAAUCUGCCAGAAUGGCUACAUAGAUGCUCUACGCUUCCUGCAAGAGAACAAGCUGAUCAGCAAUGAGUGUCCAAUGAGAAGUUUGGAGACGGAUGCAACCAAACCUGCUUGUUGUGAGCUGGUAAAGGAGCCGACUGAAGCUGAAGAGUCCAACGAGAACACACAACUGGAUGCACUGAAACCACCUCAGGAAGCGCACGGGUGGCUGGAUCCUAAGCUCAUAGAGAACCUCCCAGUUAACAUUAAAAAGGCAUUGUGUGAGGCCAGUAAAGAGACACAUACUGCUGGUGGUCUGUUGUCCCAGAUGACCAGGUACCUGCCAAAGAAAGUGACUUCUUACCUGCAGAUCCCCUGUAUUCAGCCCGUGGAGUCAGCCUACUCUCUCGCCCAGAGACUUGUGGGCUGGAUCCCAGAUGUACCAAGGGACAUGAGCUGGUUCUAUGGCAUAGCUGGAGACAUAUGCAAACAAGCCUCAAAGGACAAGGUGGAGGACUAUGAUGGGGAGACAGAACUGCGCCGGUGCACCAGCCUGCCAUCAGGCCUGGACUUGUGGGAUCAGAGAAAAGAAGACAUCAACAUUCUCCCAGUGACCCCAGAUGCUUCUCCUUCCUCCAGUCUUACCUUCACCUGGAACACACAUAGCGAGUUGGACCACAUGUCCUUGACUCCACCCCCUACACCCACCUUCAGCCCCACCCCUGGGUUUGGUGAAGCCACCACAGAGUCACCUAAAAGCGCAGGUAAAGGCUGGGCUUUGGGCAGAGCCGUGGGGUGGAUCCGGAAUAUUGCAUCCGAGCAAACUUAAAACCAAAAGAAAACAGAUGAUUCAAUGUCCUUUUCUGCAUUGAAAUAAAUAUAUUUAAUAUUAAACAAUUAAAAUGUUGAAUAAAGGAAUGCAAAAAU